ACACACGUCCAUAGCGGUCCAUAGACCAAAUUGUAAACGAAAUGUCGGUGACUUGGGAAAUAUUACGUUAUGCUAGAUUUCUGGCGUUAGAAGAUUCAAAAGCCAGCGUGACAUCAGUUUCAAGGAAUGAACAGAAAUGGAAGUACGUAGCUCCAGGUCCCAAAGAAGGCUUAAAACUAUGUAUCAGCAUAGACCAUUUACUUCUCACAAAUGAUGAUGUGAUCUUAGAGAAUUACUUUCUACGUGAUAUGAGGAGUACAAUGCGAGGAUUUGUGAGAGGAGAUAGUUUAUUGUUUGUCAUCAAAGUUAAGAAUGAAGCUAGAAAAUUUAGAGUGCGCUUUGCCAGAAGACCUCACCCUAGUGCUGUGGCAACCUGUGAAGAGUGUGCAGCCAAACUCUCCUACUUUUUUCCUGUAAGACCAUUUGAACCAGUGGAAAAACCAAAGUCUCCUGUCCCGAUUCUCAAGAAAAAUGUGUUGGAAGGUGAAGUAUUGGCGCAGGAUGUCUCUCAGGUUUUGAAAGGUGAAAGGAAUGAUGUGGAGUUACCAAUUGCUUACACUGCAUCAGCAGCCAACAUGGAAUGCGGCAAAGAUCUAGAUAAACUCAUUCGCAUAUUCAUCCUCGAGAGUUCUUUUCCAUCCUUAGUUGAAGCUGUAGAGAAACAACUGGACUCAAUUGCUCGUGAUGAUGAUGAGUAGAAAUCUACUAAUAUCAUAAUCAAUGACCUCUGACUUUUCUCAAAUAAAAAUUAUAUAAUAAUUAUGUAACAAUUGUGUAACCAUUUACCAUUUCUGAAUCAUAUUGAUAUUAUUAUUAUGUUAAUGACACACAUUUGAUACCUCUCUUUAAUUCAUUUAUUUUUCAAUGUUAUAUUUUUAUGUUGAAUCACUUUAGGUUUAUUAAUAUAAUACUUGCAAAUGUUUUAUUUAAAUUGAAUAAAUAAAAUGUAAUUGUCUGGCUUUGUAAGCGAAUUGAGAGAUUUUGGUUUAUUGAUUGAUUGAGUUUAUUCACUAGGAAUAAGACAAGUAUAAGACGAAUUGUAUCAAAAUAUAUUAACAGGAUAGCCAAUGAAAUUAAGUCAAAAUGGUUUCUUUCCAAUGGGGUCCUUGUGCACUUCUUUAUUAUUGUCAUUAUUAUCAUUAUUAAUAGUAUAUUAAGUAUUAUCAAGUUGGUAAGCUUCAAGUUUUUUCCACCAUUUAUAAUCUUUUCUUUCAUUUGACGAAGCUUCUUGGAUAGAGGUAAUAUAUAUUACAUGCAUUUGUACAGGCUAUAUCUGAUCGAUGAUCUAAGUUAUCCCAAACAUGGCAUCUUGGCAUCUAGAUUACUGAUUGUAGAACUUAGUGAUCCUGCCAGAAGAAUGUUAAUUUGAGAAUAUAAUGGUUUGACAUCCUUGAUCUUAUAAUAUAUUUAAUGCUCUUUGGCUCUGAUUAAAACAUAUUCUGUAAAGAAUACAAAGCACAACACUAUCCUCUUUAUCACAGCGCUUAGAGACAUCGUUCCGAUGUAUUAAGCGCUAUAUAAAUGCGGAUUAUUAUUAUUAUUAUUAUUAUCAAAAUCAAUCCUGGAUUAUAUAAUAUAAAAAAAACAUAUCUAAAUUUUUUUGAUAAUAAUGGACAUGGUAUUUUGUAUAGGUUACAUGAUUGUUUCCUAUUGUUGUUUUAUGCCAUCACUUACUAGAAUCUGUAUGGCUAUCAACAUGGAAUAGGAAGAUCUUAAUAAAGUGCCAAUUUUCUUCCCCUUUAGUUCAGAUAGUUUAAAUUUUAGUUAGUCUUUUAAAAGCUUUGGAAAAUAAGCAUGGAGUUUUUAAAUCGUCAAAUCCUCGUUUAUAAAAAUAAAGAAGGAUGGGAACACAAUUGACUAUGAUUGGAAUAGAAUAGGGAAUAUGAUUUU